UUUUAAAAAGUAAAUUAUUCAAAUCGUGUAAUGGUAUAUCAAAAUUCAUUCAGACAUCUCAAGUCUUUGCCGUUAUUUACUAGUAUCUAACAUUUGAAAUAGUGAUAUUGGGAAGAAGUUAAUUUUUUUUUUAAUUUAAAAGUUCGAAUUUAGAUAAACGGAAAAAUUAAAUUACUUUUAUUUAUUCAGUGCAUCUAUUUUACUUUUCAGAUAUUUUAAUUGUAGAUCUUUAGUCGACUUUUUACGAAAAAUCCUAAUGAUAUUGACCAUCGUUAAAGUCUUUUGGGAAGCAUAUUGUAUCUAUGCAAUUCAAACUUUUCAGCGUGUAAACCCAAAUUCAACAUCUCCUAAAAAGAAAUAUUUGUUUAUUUUAUGAAUAUCGUCGAAGAUUCCGGUCGAUGAAAUCCGGAAACAGGAGGGGGGAAUUCUAUACCAGGGCGGUUUUUCCGCCCAGAGGGAAACUAUACUGACUUUGUACAUAGGGGAAAUUAUAUGCUGGGGCGCAUUUUCCCCCUAUGGGUGAGAAUCUAUCCCGGGUCCAUUUUUCCAGGGGGUGGGGUUCUAUGCUACAACACCGGGGGUGUUCCGAUUAUUGACGUAACAUGAAAUCUGCUGUUUCGUCAACUGAUUAUGACGUCAUAAUCAAAAUUUCCCUGUCAACAGAAAUACAUGUAGUGUUUAGAAAUAACAUCAGUCGAACUGAAAAUCAUCAUGAUCGUUGCGAUGCAUUUAGUUUACCUGUCUGUUCAGUGGGGUUAUAGAUGGAUGUCCUCGAAAUUCCAAGCUCCAAGCACCAGCGGUGAAGAUGAAACCACCGAAGAAGAAGAAUUUCCACCCUCCUGCAUCACUAACAACAGCAUAGUCACACCGGACGUCACUCCUUCCACAAAGGCUAGCAGCAUGGUCACACCGGAGGCCACACCUUCCACAAAGGCUAACAGCAUGAUCACACCUCAGGCUACACCCUCCUCCAGUACUAACAGAAUAGUCAAACCACAAGCCACAUCCUCCACCAACUCGUACUGCGGAUUUCGACGGGGAUUCCUUCUGUAAAGGAUUUGGAUGCAUUGCUUUGACUGAUGUUUUGAUAGCCUUUGAAUUUCCUUUUCUUUAAAGUUGCUCUGGCAACUCAUUGUGUUUUAAAACAAAAAACUUUGAACGAUGUCGAAAUCUAUAUAAAUGAUGCAGUCCUUGGGUCCACGUGUGUCCCCUAAUAACGUGGACCCAGUCUUGGUAUGCGACGAAGGUCCAUGAGGACAUGGGGAAAAAGUAAAAUAAAAUGUAUUGAUAAUUUGUGCGGAGAGUAUUUUCAGCGGAAAUACUGAAAGUUGUUAAAAUGUCUUGUUUUUUUUAUGGAAAAUACUGUAACACUGCUGUUUACAGUUAUUUAUCGUAUAUUGACAUUAUCUUUUUAUAUUCGUUUUGAUAUCUAUAAUAUUGCCUCUGUAAUGAUAAAAUGAAUUUAAUGUAAUAAAGAAUGCAAGUAA